UUUGUUUACUGAGAACGCACGCCGCAUACACUCGUUGUUUAAGUUUUUAAUUAAUUAGAAAAAUGAUGAAAGCCGUGCAACCGAAUCAGGAGGAGCUGUCUACCUCGCCACCAGAUAAGCCCAAACUGAUGGAAGGUGGCAACUACAUCCGUGAAGGGAGGGACUCCACAAAGUCCACGUGGUUACUCUUCUCCCCCCAAACUCCAGACGAGGCUGGAAACCUCGCCAAAUACCUGAGCAUCUUUUGUUCCCAUGGGGUCAAUCUCAGCCAUAUUGAAUCCAGGUCUUCUGUGAGGAGACCAGGGUAUGAGUUCAUGGUGGAGUGCGAGCAUGGAGCCGGAGAUUUCGGGGCUGCCCUUGAAGAGCUGAAAAAGAAUGUUGGUUAUUUGAACAUCAUUUCCAGGAAUUACAAAGACAACCGUUCUGCCGUGCCCUGGUUCCCACGACGUAUCCGCGACUUAGACAGAUUCGCAAACCAAAUCUUAUCAUACGGAGCCGAAUUAGACUCUGACCACCCCGGAUUCACCGACCCAGUGUACCGCGCACGCAGGAAAUACUUCGCUGAUAUCGCUUAUAACUACAAGCAUGGGCAACCAUUGCCUCAUGUCAAUUAUACAAAGGAAGAAGUGGCUACUUGGGGGGUGGUCUUUAGGAAACUUACUGAGUUAUAUCCAACUCAUGCGUGCAAAGAACAUAACCACGUGUUCCCAUUGUUGAUCGAGAACUGCGGUUACAGGGAAGAUAAUAUUCCUCAGUUGGAAGAUGUUUCCAACUUCCUGAAAGACUGCACCGGUUUCACCCUCCGUCCAGUAGCAGGCCUCCUCUCCUCCAGAGACUUCCUCGCAGGGCUGGCCUUCCGCGUCUUCCACAGCACCCAGUACAUCCGCCACCACUCCCGCCCCCUCUACACGCCGGAACCAGAUGUCUGUCACGAACUACUUGGACACGCGCCUCUCUUUGCUGAUCCAGCGUUCGCUCAAUUCUCGCAGGAAAUUGGACUAGCGUCUUUGGGAGCGCCCGAUGAUUAUAUCGAGAAACUUGCAACGUGCUUCUGGUUCACCGUGGAGUUUGGCCUGUGCCGGCAAGGUGACAAGCUGAAGGCUUUUGGGGCCGGCCUCCUUUCCUCUUUCGGAGAGCUCCAGUACUGCUUGUCAGACAAGCCAGAAUUGAGAGACUUCGAGCCUGAGACCACGGGUAUAACUAAGUAUCCGAUCACCGAGUACCAACCGGUAUACUUCGUCGCUAAUAGUUUUGAAGACGCUAAGGAGAAAAUGAUUAAAUUCGCCCAGACGAUCCCAAGGGACUUCGGCGUGAGAUACAACCCCUACACCCAAAGCAUAGACAUCUUGGACUCCCCUCGACAAAUGAAGGAUCUCAUGAGGCAGUUACACCAAGAAAUGGGACUACUGCUGAAUACUAUGGAGAAACUUUAGAGAAUACGUUGUAUUUUGUUGUAGGCUUAAGAAUGUUUGGAUGCAGUACACUUCGCGGCAGGAAACUUAUACGUGCGCAUGCGCAGUGUACAUGUAUAUCGAUAAAAUGAAGGUCGUUUAGCUAAAUACUUAGUACUUGCACUGACAGUAUCUAUUUUGGUUAUUUAUUCCAGAUUUUGUUUUGGUAAACCAUGAGUGACCUUUCAUGACCACUUUUCAAAUUUUUUAAAUUAAUAAAUUUAGUAUUUUUAAAUAAAGUAACAGCGUAGGUACAUUUACUUACCUCGGUGUAGGAAUUCAUCCAUUAAUGUUAUUUGUGUUAGUUAUUUCCUUGACAAUUUUGUGACUGUGACAAAGGUUAAUAUUGUAACCUGUAUAAAAUAUGAAUUUUUACUAUAAUUCGUCGAAUUUAUUAUUAUAUUUUAAGUUAUAGUAGUAUAGUUUUAUAUAAUCAAUAUUAUGCCUUAAUUUUAAUGCCUAUUUAUUUUGGUUGAUACGUUAUCCUACUUUACAAUAAAAUAUUACAUAUUGACUUUUUUUGAAAUGGAAAUUAUUAUUUUUAUUUAUUUUGUUAUUAAAAGAGCUUUUUAAUUAAUGUAUAAUAUAAUACGGUUGAAAUUCUAAUCAACACGUCAACAAUUUAUUUAUGUAGGACGUAUAAAUUAGAAAUUCAAUUAAUUAAGCAAAUAAAGAAAAUACUUACUUAUUAUAAACUUAUUUUUAAUUAUUUUUUAUUAAAAAAAAUCUAAUUUUAGUCUUACAGUAUAUAAAGCGAAAUAUUAAGAUUUUCGAAAGGUUUAUGUUUUUAGAAUAUCAAAACACCAUUCAAUUUUUAUUCAACAUAAUAUAUUCAAUAAUAAAUUUGUACAUAGUAAACUCGCACAUACCUACCUAGUAAUUUCUAAGUAGUUAUUAAUAGUAAUUAUAUGACAAAAUGGAAAUAUGUUGAAACUAAGAAGAAUUACCGGAACGCAGUUUAUACUUAAAGUAUAAUUAUUAUAUAAUGUAUAAUUUAGUUUACUUUUACUCCUUUACGCCUAUAUAACAAUAACUCCAGGUUAUUUUUCACAAAAAUUUUGCCAUUCGUUGAACCGUAAAUGUCUAUUUAUGUAUGUAUAAGUCCAUAAAAGAAAGAUUUGCGUAUAAUAUAAAAAAAAUACAGUUGUUACAGAAAAACCAUUGAGAUAUAGGUACAUAAAAUCUCGGAAGUAAAUUCUAACUUCACUAUUUUCGACAUCCAGAAAAAGAAAACGUUGCGAUUUUGAUGAAGCUUUUAACUGCGCAUAUCACCUUAACUAAUUAAUAUAAAUAGAGUUGUUUAUAAAUUUACAAAAUAAAGUAAAAGUCAUUGUUUAUAUACAAUACUGAACAAAUGAUAAGCUACAUUUCGAUGAUCACUAUCAAUUUAUUAAUUGACAAACUAUUGAAAUUGCAAAUUAAAUUUCUAUAUUACUUUUUACAAAAUUUUUCACUUUCGUAAUAAUAAAUUAAUAGUACAUUUUUUACUAAGUACUCUUGUUUAUUAUUACUUUAAAGUAUGAGCAUGUGACGCUGUGAAAUAAUCACGAUUAAUUUCAAAUAUUCUGAAUUUACCUACUUCUAUGUUCCGAAUAUAUGAUACAGGAUUUAAGUUAGAAUUUGGCACUAUUCUACUUAAAAUAAUAACAUAAAAAUCUAUAAGAAUCCUUACGACAAUAAGUUAUUAAGACAAAACAUUAAACCAAUGAAGUUAAGACAGCGAACGUAUCACAGUUACUAGAAAUAAAUAAAUAAAUAUAAACUUUUUACAAUAAAUAAUAAUACAGUAUAAAUUACCAAGUAAUUACACAUAUUUUUAGAUUACUUACAAACUAAGUGAUUUUCAAAGCUGUACAUUUACAAAUGUGCUGAUUAAUUAUUGCAUAAAUCCAUUAUUCCAUCAUAUAAAAGUAAAAGCUAAGACUUAGUCUAGGCUUAAGAUGCUUAAUAGGAUGACUGUAACUUAAGCUAGGUUAUGAAGAAAGGAGUUUUCAUGGAAAAAAAAACUUUAGUGAAAGAAAAUAAAUUUGUCAUAGGUAUGUAUUCUAUAUAUAUUACUUUUCGCAAGUCAAUACUGGGUAGUGAAGAAAAUAUGGAAUAUUGUUAUAUUAAGUUGAAAUUGAAUGAAAAAUAAUUAUGUUACUUUAAUCUUGUAUAUGACGGCAAGACGACAUCUCGUUAUGAAUCUAUUGAAGCACAAAAAUGACAUGGCAUUAUAAGAAUGGGUACAUAAUUUAUAUCUACUAUGAUGUAGGUAUUUUACGAUAUCUAAACAGUGUGACAAAUGUGCUACUUUCUGAUUCUGUUAAAAAGUUUGCAUAUUGUUCCUGUUCCUUUUUACUGUGAAUGAUUGAACGAAUAAAACGUUACGACUCGAAGGUG